UCAUGCUGUUAGGGCAGCAUUGUGCUGGAUAGUUUGCAGAUUUCCUAUCUGUGUAAUACUCACCAGCUGCUACCCCAGCCUGUAGGUUGUCAUCUCCUCUGACCCCAUCCUCACUCUUCCUGCAUGAUCCAAGGCUUUGUCACUGUCAGAUCCUUGCUGCUGACUCUGCUGCUGCUUCUGAUUUUUCCUCUGCACAUUUUUUUUAUUUUUUUUUUUAUAAAUGGACUGAAAGAUGAAGAGCUACAACUGGCACUGCCACAUGUGUGGAACAGUCACCAUGGCAGCCUGUAAGGAGUUAAUCUCUGUGUUCCUGGCAUUAUGAAUGGGUGACCUGAUGAGAGUAUUGCUGCAGGUAGUGAUGCUCUGCUGCCACUGCUUCACCCUGCUUACUUUAGAAUGACAUGAUGGCACCCGCUCCGCGCAAUUCAUGUUCUACCCACGAUUCCUGCAUCUGAAAACCCUAAUUAUCCUAAGACGGAACGCCAGCGGCAAUGUAGAUAAUCGGCUUACAUAACGCUACAAUACACAUUGUGACGGAGAGGAGGCACGUGAUGGUAUGAUGUGCCAAGAAAUCGUAGAAAACUGACAGAGCAGGACAUAAAAGCUGAAAAUGCCGAUGGACAAAAAUGUGUCAUUGACCACCAACUUCUCUUUUGGCACCUCGGUGAUGAGAAGAGACGGCAAUAAGACAUCUGAGAUUGCUCCUCAGCAGGUGGUGGUCGGGAUGUUAUUGACUGUUAUCGAUCUGGUCACCUUCUUGGGGAAUACAGUGGUUUUCAUUUGCCCUGCAGUGGAAAAAAAAUUAAGGACCGUGACCUACAUGUUCAUCAUGUCCCUGGCUAUGGCGGACCUCCUGGUGGCUUGUCUAGUUAUGCCUUUUAGCAUCAUCUAUGAAGUCACGGGGAUGUGGCUCUUUGGGAGACAGUUCUGCAAGGUGUGGAUCUCAUUUGAUGUCAUGUUCUGCACGGCGUCCAUCGUCACCCUGUGCUUUAUCAGUCUGGACAGAUACUGUUCUGUGGUCACUCCAUAUCACUAUUCAAAGAGGAUGUCACGUCGCAGAUGUAUCCUUAUGACUGUGACAAUAUGGGUCUACUCCUCCUUAAUCUCCUUCCUACCAGUCAUGCAAGGCUGGAAUGAAAUACCAGGCAUAGACUUUGACAAUGGGAAGGAAUGCAUCUUCGUGACCAACUGGACCUUUGCAAUCGUUGCAUCUUCUCUGGCCUUCUACAUCCCAUUUAUGAUCAUGUGCAGUAUGUACUUCUUCAUCUACAGAGCUUCACGCCUUAAGGCCACUCGGAUUGUCUCCCAGACUCUGGAUCUCCAUUACCAUCCAAACAGCAAGCGCCAAAACAACUUGCAACUGGAACAUAAAGCCACCAGGACCAUGAGUAUCAUCAUCUCGGUGUUCGUCAUGUGCUGGCUACCAUACUUUGUCCUGAAUGUUUUGAUAGCAGCAAAGGGGACAAGUUCCACCAGCAAGGUUCUUGUCAAUACUUUCAAAUAUAUUACUUGGUUGGGAUAUUGUAAUUCAACCAUUAAUCCUAUGUUAUAUGCUUUUCUGAACCGGGACUUUCAGAGAGCACUCAAAAAACUUCUUAUCUGUAGACGUUGGAGGUCACAGGUAGACAUUGGCGAUGACAUGGUCUCCAUCGUCACCUUCUCCAAGACUGCUCAAGAUCCAGAAUACAACAUUAAGUUGCCAAUGUCUAACUGUGUGUUAAAGAGCAAGCAAGGUAUGAAAUGUCCACCUACAGUGCACUACUAAUAUGGAAUUUACAUGUCUAGGCCACAGGGCUGGUCUUCUCUUCUUCUGACGUCAACAAUUCUAAGAUGUGACCUGAAGACCUCAUGGAAUUUAUAUUUUACAGCCUAUGCCGGACAACCAUUAUUGACCAUUAUUGAUCUAAAUUGGUAAUUUAAAGGGGUACUCCUGUGCCUGAACCUUCUGAACAGCCGAUUCAGAAGGCUUGGAGCAGCGGCGGCAGUCGUGAUGUCACGCCCCCGCCCC